AUGGCACCUGCUGGUCAGGGUCUCACUUGGUCAGAUGUCCUGUGUUGUAUUGUAUGUAACCAGUGUGAGGGUAAGUAUCCUGUUGCGAGCUAUCCCGUUAAUGCUGCGCUUUUAUCAAUCGUAACAGAUGACGUUGAAGAAUACUUGCCACUCUGGGAUAUAGAAAAAGUUCCUAAGGAAGUUUUGUCAUUAAUCGAGAAUGCUCUGGUGUCGAUGGCUCAAUAUCUUCACCGCGCUGAAUCGGAAAGAGGGGGAACUGUCUUCAGUGAGAUUUUAUCACGAACUAUGCAACGCAAGCUAGUAUCGCUUCUCUGUUAUCAGCUAGUGGAGGAGGAGGGUCGUUUGCGAGCGUUGAAAACCUCAAGGUUGAUAGCUGAACGAAUAAUGACAGAGCUUCUCUAUCGAGCAUCAUGCUUCAACGUUAUGAAACGUGAUGGAGAAUCCUCUUUGAUGCAGCUGAAAGACGAAUUCCGAAAUUACGAAGCGCUUCGAAAAGAACAUGAUGCACAGAUUGUGCAGAAGAAAGCCAAUGAGAUCUACAGCAACAAUCCCCUACUCGAUCCCCGAAAGAAUUUCGGUGUC